UCCAGUUUUACCUUUCAGCAUUGCAACAUGGCACGUGUGUCUACCAUAUUUUUAUUCUUUGUCACAUCUAUACUCGGCACAGGGAGCGUGUCUGAGAUCUGCCGAGGCGCGCACUGUUUCUCUGGCCAGGACUGGAGCAGACCGUGCGUAGGAGCGCACUGCCCGGGGCGCACGGAGGCAGCAGCGUCCAGACGGCAGUUUCAUCACCCCGCACAAUCCAGACAAGGACAAGUCCACCAGAGUUACCAGCAGGACGCUCAUUUCAGCCAUCACCAAGCUCAGAGCGCGCCGUUAACACCGUACAUCAUCCACCCUCAGCAGACAGGCUUUACGCAACAAACGGGCACGGAUGGCGCCAGGAGGACGAACCCGAGGACCAUCACGGCGGAGGUGUUUCAUCCUGGCUGCGCCGGUGGGACUUGUCCGACCACUGUCUCUCAUCGCCAAACGAAUGAAGACGGCGGUGCAACACGGGAGUGCAAAGGGAUCGGAUGUAAACUGCCCCUCCGGAUGCGCCAGAAGCCCAAGCCUUGCGUCGGAGACGCCUGUGGAUCGCACGGAGGAGACGAAGGCAGAGGGAACUCAUCUCCGGUUCACGUGACAGACAGAGCAGCGCAAUUUCUGGAUGAGCUUCCAGACUUCGGCUCGGAACGUGGAGCCUGGAUACAGCUGACAUGCGACAUGAAACCAGGAAACAACGAGGUUCCCUCAGAGGACGCUCUCGUGCUGCAGCUGCAGCUGUCGAAGAGCCAGGAGAAGCUGGUUGAGGCCCUCAGGGGCCAGCAGGACGAGGUCAAGAAGCUGCAGAGGCUCCUGACCGAGCAGCAGGGGACGCUGGUCAACCAGCAGAGAGAAAUACUGGAUCAACAGAGGAGGAUGUACGAACAGAUGGAGCAAGUAAAAUCCCAGUACAACAUGAUGAUGGACAGCAUCAAACAAACGUCUUUCCAGAACCUCCAGGGCGACCUCGACACUCACAUGGAGACCCUGAGCGGGCAGGUUCGAACCCACCAAGCACAACAGGCUCUGGCUUUGCACAAGGUGGACAUGGAGGCCAGUGUGAUGGAGGUGGGUCGCUCUGUGCUGGCCUGUGGCAGCUGUGGCCCAGAGGAGUACUGCGCCUUCAGCAGCGGCCGUCCUCGCUGCGAGAGGUGCACCAUCUGUCCUGCCGGCUUCUUCCUGGUCGCCCAGUGUUCGGUCCACGCAGACAGAAUCUGCCAGGACAGAGAUGAGUGCCUUGAAAUAUCUGAUCUGUGUGGAGAUCAACAGAAGUGUCUCAACACUCCAGGUGGAUUCAGGUGUCAGGGCAUGACAGAGCGAGACGCCAACUCAGGAAUGUGUGGCCACGGCUACUUCUACAACUCGGACAUGGAUGAGUGUCAGGCCUGUAACGAGUGUGACGGAGAGCCUGUAGCUUCACCCUGUACCUUCAGCACAGACACCAUCUGCUCUGGCCCCGCUGCGGGGGACAGCGCCCUCUCUCUGUCCUGGGCCGGAGACGUGAGUCUGUCGGGGACGAAAGGCCACGUCCUGGCUCACGCCUUCCCCAGCGUGCAGCUUCACGUCCAGGGAAGAGGUGAUGCGGGUCUGGUGUCUGUUGAGGACGGGCGUCUGGUGCUCAGGCAGCACGGCCUGGUCUGGCUGGAUGAGAAUCUCUCUGUGAGGCACGGCUGCCGCAGCUUCAUCCAGUUGUGCCUGCGCAUGAACAACACUGACGGCUCUGAGGGUCGAGACCUCAGUGGCGUUAGGGUGGAGCAGCAGGAGGGAAGGUCGCUCCAGAGUGCCAGCAUCAGUGGGGUAGCAGAGGUCGCCCCGGGUCACUUUAUCUCCCUCUUCCUCCGAAGUGCCAGCCACCACUGUAACCAAACCGGUGAGGGUCUGCAGCUGUACGACCCCUCCGCAGCUCCGCUCAGCCUCCUGUGGCUCUCCCAUGACACCGGGGCUGUUGCCAUGACAGCACAGGCGAUGGUGUCCGCACACUACCACACAAACUAUCGCCCAGUCUUCCGCACGACCUCCACCUCGGACCCUUAUGUAGUGGGGCUGACUCAUGACGGCCGUGGGAUCCGCUUUGCUGAAAGUGGCACAGUGCGGUUCGUGUUCCAGCAGGCUUUGUACUCCAUGGGCCAGGCCUGUGUGAGCGAGGGUUUCCAGCUGUUGGCGUACCUCAGCCGUAAUGGAACCGGCAUGGAGCUGUGCCGUACCUUCAAACCAGGCGUCCACUACCGGGACACAUCCAUAUCUCUGUCUGGAGCGGCUAAAGUUGGUCCCGGGGACACACUGGGCUUUGAGAUCCUCUCACCUGCUCAGUGCAACGUUCGCUUCUUUGGCGACGAGACAGGCAUCAGCACCCUCAGUUUGGUUUGGGUCCCCGCUGCCAUUUCCUCCUCUCUGUCUGCCUCAGUGGCUCACACCGGCCUUCCUUCAGGAGCUGUCCGGAACAAGCCGCUGUUCUUCCGCCAGACCAGCGCUCAGGUGUCCCAGAUGAGCCUGCUAGGGAAGGGAUCCACAGAACAGAGACGAGACUUUGUCUUCAGGGAGAGUGGCACAGCCAGUGUCGCUCUGGAUCUCAAACUGAUUCACUCCUGCAACUUGGUCAAGGUGACUCUGCUCAAGCGAAGUGAUCCAGAGGGCUCAGGAGGAGGAGGCAGGGAGGCGGAGGGGGCUCGGCCCAUCUCUCUGGCCCAGCAGGUGGGUGGCCAGAUGCCAGAGGGAAGCCAGUGGGCCAGUGUGAGCCUGCGGGCGUCCUUCCAGGUUCAUAACGGCACAGCGGUGUUCUUCACACUGGACUGUGUACGUGGACGAGUCAACCAGAUCAGUCACCACACAGGAAGUGGAGUGUCAAUCCUCUGGGUGGCAGCAUAAUAAACACAACUUUGCUUUGUUGCUUCUUUAAGUGGUUUCCAGUUCAGUAGACCAGAUGUUAAGCCAUUUGUAGGAUGGACUUUCAUUCGCUUGUUUUUAAAGUAAUCAUUCAACGCACUUAGAAAACACACUUUUUUUUUUACACGAAGAGUUAAAAUGGAAGAAUUACACCACUCUCAUGUCUGUUAAAUAUGAAGCUAGCAGGCAGCUAGCUUAGUUUAGUAAAGCACUGGAAACACAGGGAAGCAGCUAACCUGGCUCUGACAAAAUAUGUCUACAAGCAUCUGUAAAGUUCAUGAGUGAACACGUUAUAUUUCAUUUGUUUUAUUUGUGCAACAUGUAAAAGCAACAAGUUGUGGUUUUAUGCCACGCUAGCUGUUUCCCCAGCUCCCAGUCUUUGCACUAAGCUAAGAUAUGCUAAGCUAAGCUAACUGUCUCUUGGUUGUAUCUUCAUAUUUAUUGGACAGUUAAAGUUAGAUCUUCUCAACUAACUCUAUUUCCAAAACUUUAUACGACUCGUUUAAGCUCAUUUUGUACUGAGUAGCCUGCAACUAUUUUUACUUUUUAUAAAAAUGAUCUUGUAUUAAAAGAAAAGCUCCAAUAUGGACUUUUAUUUAUAUAAAAAAUGUAGCGUUAUGCAUAAACCAUUGUAUUUAUAUAAUGGAAGUAUUAGUACUGUGUAAUGAUUUCUACAGAGGUACAAAUAUUGGCUCUUAGCACACGAUAAUACUGAAGGACACAGUUAAGAUUUCUCUCAUGCAGUUUUCAUCUUUUAUAUGUUCGCGAAUUCCGUGUGUUGUAUUUGUCUGCUUUUAUUUAUGUAAUUCACUUCGUCCAUUGAUGCCAAAGGAGCUUCAGAUCAUUCUCACUGUACAGCAUUUUCUGCUGUCAACAAAAGUGGUUUGCUGGUGCUGGUUUCAGUCAGGAGUGUGUUUUGUAGGUGCAUGUGUUUCAUGUUAGCCGCCAUUUUCUAAUGUGAAUAGCCUAUCUGCUGCAUGCCUUGUUUAGUAACCACUUUCUGCAUAUUAUGGAGUUAAAGAGAGUCAUGUGUUUCACUAAGACCAUUGCUGACAAUAAGCUGUCCUGAAGAGACAGCAUGAUAUUUUGAUAUUCACAUCUUAAGAUAUAGUUUCUGUUUACUCAAACUAAGCUGUAAUAAAGUGUAUAUUUGAUGUUUUAUAGUAAAUCCAAUAAAAAUGAAUUUGUUUUACCAGA